AUGCUUGAUUAUACUCCAAAAUUACAUUUAUACGAAAACAAGUUAGUAACUUUACCUGAAGGUCUGUUUUCUAGCAACACAAAACUUGAAACAUUAGAUUUAGAGAAUAACGCGUUGGUAACUUUACCAGAAGGUCUGUUUUCUAACAACACUAAACUUGAAAGAUUAUAUUUAGGCCAGAACAAGUUAAUAACUUUACCAGAAGGUCUUUUUUCUAGCAACACAAAACUUGAAAGAUUAUAUUUAUACGAAAACAAGUUAGUAACUUUACCUGAAGGUUUGUUUUCUAGCAACACAAAACUUGAAAGAUUACAUUUAUACGAAAACAAGUUAGUAACUUUACCUGAAGGUCUGUUUUCUAGCAACACAAAACUUGAAACAAUAGAUUUAGAGAAUAACGCGUUGGUAACUUUACCAGAAGGUCUGUUUUCUAACAACACUAAACUUGAAAGAUUAUUUUUAAGGCAUAACAAGUUAGUAACUUUACCAGAAGAUGUGUUUCUGUUCAACAUGAAUCCUAUAGAAUUUUAA